AGUCUGGCACCAGUGUCCUCUUGGCCGUCGUAUCGCGCGGGACAUCGGGUUGCUCUCUCCGUGGCGCCGCUCCCUUGCCGCUAGCCCAGCCAGGCCAUUCCGCCCUCGGCCACUAUCGCCACUUUACUUGGCUGAACUAUUUUUAUCCGGAUGAAUUUCCACCUUGUAUGACACACAUCUUCACUCUAUGAUAUGAUAACUUUGCAGUAAGAAGACUUUGUUUGCGGCGCAAAUGCCCCUCUCAUAGAAACUGCUUGUGAGACAAACCGUCGGACAGGAUUAUUACUAUGAAAACUUUGCUAAACUCCCGCUGAUCUGCUUCCGUAACUAAUUUGUUGUCAAUGUCUUCCUGCAGUAAUUUCAGCGCAAGCACACAGCUGGUAUAACAGUCUUCCUUGUUUUUGUUUACUUUUGUUUUCUUAAAAGAAAUCACCCGAAAUCCUUAGUGUCAGAUAUUGAAAAUUUGUCCCUGUUGAUUAUAAUAAUUGAAAAAAAAAAGAUCUAGAAUAUCGCCUCGUUGUAAGCAGUCUUGUGGCAGACUUUGUGGCUGAACGGGAGCCAUUGCAGGUCAAUGCCUCGCCGCAGGAAAGAGGCGACUCCUUCAUGAUAAUAAUUGUUUCAGUAUAUUGAUCUUGUUGUUGGUUGUGGAUAAGCCUUGUAAUCUGUGAGGUGAGCUGAUCUAUAGUGAACCACUUCUCAUAUACGGCUUAUAUUUAUAAGAAUUUAUGAGUUACAAAAAUUAACAAGAGGGUGAACGGAUAAAUUGUGAAAGUGUUGUGCAUUGAAAGUUUGAGGUGAAUGGAAUAACGCCGUCUGAGCUGGGUCUGAGUGGUGUUUGUGCGCGGCGUGCGGCAGUGGUGGUGAGGGUGUUGGUCCCGCGGGGACCACCGCUUGGAGCAGCACAACACCAGCCGCCGCGGGACGAUGCCGUCGCCGUUGAGAUCUUGUGGCCGGCCCAAGAUGGCGUCCCUCGCUCUGUGCCUGUGGGCGCACGUGGCUAUGGCAGGUGGAGCAAUGUCAGAGGAACCUCGCUUCGUGGAGCCGAUACAGAACGUGACUGUCGCCGCAGGACGGGACGUGAAACUUUCCUGCGUAGUGGACAACCUGAGCACGUUCAAGGUUGCGUGGAUUGCCUUUGACAAGUCAGCCAUUCUGACUGUGCAGGAGCACGUCAUCACGCGUAACCCACGGGUCAAUGUCACCUACGAUGGCCACCGCACCUGGACGCUGCACCUCUCUCGUGUCAACGCCACGGACGCCGGCACCUACAUGUGUCAGGUCAACACCAUCGUGGCCAAGAGUCAGUUUGGAAUCCUCAACGUGGUGGUGCCGCCCAACAUCGUGGACGGCAAAACCUCCGGGGACGUGAUGGUGCAGGAGGGCGCUAACAUCACCCUAGAGUGCAGCGCCACCGGCACACCCAUGCCCACCAUCACCUGGCGCCGCGAAGACCACAUGAAGAUCAACCUCAACAAGACGUAUCGAGUCAUGGAACACACGGGACCGAAGCUUCACCUGGCGAGGAUAAGUAGGAUGGACAUGGCCGCUUACCUGUGCAUCGCCCGCAACGGUGUCCCGCCCAUUGUCAGCAAGAGGAUGCAGGUCAGCGUCGACUUCCCGCCCAUGAUGAGCAUCCCGCACCAGCUGGUUGGGGCGCCCUUGGGUUAUAGUAUCACCCUGGAGUGCACCAUCGAGGCCCACCCUCCGGCCCUCACCUACUGGACAAGGGGCUCCGGCAUCAUGCUCCACCAAGGACGCAAGUACUACAUCACGGAACGGAAGGGCGAUGUCCCGUACCGCACACACAUGAAGCUCACCAUCAAGAGCCUCAAGCCUGACGACGACUUCGGGGAGUACAGGUGCGUGGCCAAGAACUCCCGCGGCGAGACGGAGGGAGAGAUCAAGCUAUACGAAACGGAGCCUCCAACACCAGCUCCCACCAGCCCACCCUCCUACCUGGACAAACUGUUCAAAGAUUAUCAACAAAAAACUACGAACAGUGUUGUCGGGAAAGGCGAAGGAAAAGCGACGUUUGUGGGACUUGAAGAACCCAGGGAAGGCAUCGAGACCGACAUGAGCAUAGGUGACGGAGACUUGAUGGAAAGAAAUGAAAUAGAUCGCCUGGAGGAAGGGGCACACUGGGACGACGACAGGCAGAGGGAGGUGGAGGCGCGGCGGGAGCGAGGUCGCCAUGAGCAGAGCGAAUAUCCCAUGACAAACUACUUCGGUAGCGCCACGCCAGCCGGCGGCGGGAUGGGAGGAUAUCUGAGGCUGCAGGUGUUGCUGCCGCUGGUGGUCCUCGCGCAGCCCUCCUGCCUCUUGCUGUUCUUGUGAUGAAGAGGAUAUGUCACGCCUAACUCAUUCUCCGAAUUGUGUGGAUAACCCUAGCUAAAGUUUCCUUAACGUGAACAUAGACUAUUCAUCGCUCUUUAGUGGUUAUCUUCUAACGCAGGGAUCUUGGGGGCUAGUAGACCCACCGUGUGCUGUAGUGUAGCCAACCCUGACUUGGUUGGUUCUCAUCUUACUGGAGGACUGACGAACCCACAAGUUAUCCUUGUAUCGCGCUCUCACGUUUAGGAAUGAUCUUUACGACCAUGAUUGUAUGCUUGUGGAGAUGUAAUAUUCUAUUAAGGGCAUCAGUUACUCUUGCAUUAGAAUUAUUGCAUAUUUAUUUCAUCGGUUAUUUUUUACUUUGCAAACUGUUCUCUUGACAAAGUUUAUACAGUAUCAUCAUAUCAAAAGCAAAAAAGAAACAGGAGCUUUUUGUCUCACAGUAAAUAAUUAUAAUAAUAAUGAUUAUAAUAAUAACAAUAAUAAUAAUAAUAAUGAUAAUAAUAAUAAUAAUAAUAAUCGGUGCUUCAAUACAGACGAGUGGAGCAGCCACCAUGACGCCGCCAAUCCACGCCUUGCCUGAGUUCACCCAGCGAUCAGUCCCUUGAACCGCCGCCACUUCCUUCCUGUCACUCUUCCUCCUACACCCACCGCCACUCAUCUGCCCGCCACAUUCUUGCUUCCAUGCCAAAUUAGAUUUUAUUUUUGCCAGAACAGAACUAAAUUCCAGGUUCAUGCUGCUAUUCCCAAUCAUUCUCCUCACAUGCAUCCAGAGACGUCACCGCCAACGCAGAGAUACAUUAGCCUAAGAAAUUGGUUAAGGUAUUCCCAUCAGACCUGAGCCACACGCCUUCAGCCACGUCACCUCUAUACUUGGAGCUUACAUCCCGUAUCCCCUCCUUGUCUCGUGAACCUCACCCAUAGAAGCCCCCAGCACACACGACCCGGCCGACAGGAGGAUGGAGAAGGAUCGUUUAAGAAGCCGCUCUUGAGUAUAAGUCACUCAAUAGUGUAUAAAGAAUGCCCCGACGCCUCACUUGGAUGAGUGUAUGUAGAAAACUGAAAAGGGACAUCAAAGAAAAUGAGUGCAAAUAUUUAAUGGUAAAAAUAGGUCUUAUCAAUACGUAAAAGGUGGGGGAAACUGUGUUAGAUGAUGGUGCUUCUACGUCCUGAUGCUCGUUAUGCAGAGCGUCAGAAUCGACACUGAGGAAGGCUGAGACCACCACCACCACCGCCCCAGCCAUGGAGAGGAAGCGUCGAAGGCAACCCUUGUAAUUAUCUUGUAUUUACAGUCAUAUGCGUAGGUAAUUCGUGUAGUUCAAAUUAUAUUAUUUAUAUUUCAAAUGUACAUAACUUAUUAAUAGCGUGUUGUGGUUGCCAUGACUCAGCGCCGCGGGGCAGCGUCCCGGGCACCGAGCGGAUGAGCUUGUGGGUUGUCAGUCAGGCAAUGGAUAAUUUCGGCCUUGAUCAGUGCUGGUAAGUCUCGCCAGCGUCGAGGUAUUAAUGAGCAGAGUGCUGAACGGCUGCUGGCAGUGAACGCCUGACACGGGUACUGUACGUACAAUCACCAACAAAGCUUGUUAUCGCUCAUAGCAACGUUAAGCCCAAGAUGAGAAGGAAACGAAACCAAUGUCGCAUUAAUGGCCACGUGUACAGCUGAUGUGACCGACGCUUGCCUCCAUUCCACACCCUCACCUUUGCCCUUACAAUGACCGCUGCUGAGUUGUGCCCCUGUAAUGUUGAGUGACUGAUCGCAGCGUUAUCAUAUUAAAUUCCCGAAAUAUCUAACACUGUUGAUGACGAACUGAUGGUGUUGGCUGAAUUAUUUGUUAAUGUUUGUAUCACUUAAGUAAAGAAACAACUGCACAUGUUUGUGUUAGAUAACAUAAACUAUUACUUUAUUAUUAUUAUUAUUAUUAUUAUUAUUAUUAUUAUUAUUAUUAUUGUUGUUGUUGUUGUUGUUGUUGUUAUUAUUUUUAUUAUUUUAUCACUGUUCCGCAAGCAAGGCGUCAUUGGAUUUCCCUGGCACUUGCUCCACAGCUGGCCAGUGCUCUCCUCUCCCUCUGCGUCACUUCCCUGCUAAGCAAUCUCAGUUCUAUUGAAGUAUUAUGUUUAUGAUUUAAUUCUCAUAUAUUUUAUUGUGUUUAUCAUGAAUUAAACAUUUUUCUUAGCAUGGACAGCUAUGAACUGUACCCAUGAGGUGUCAGGGCACUGUGUGGUGUAUGUACAAAGUUUCGCCCCGCCUGCAGCUGCCUUCCUGGUGCUCGGCCCCGCAGCUGUCCACUGGCGGAUCACCCUCCCUUCCAGCCCGGCCCCCGACGUGAAGGUCACGUGCUCAACACUGACUCACCCCAGACACCCGCUGGCAAAAAGCUUCAUAACAGUAAUGUAUAUUAUGUAGCAGCCAGCAGGAAAAUAUACACAUAUACAUAUAUAUAUACAUAUAUAUAUACAUAGCAGGGUGUAUGUGGCCAUGCACCCAAACUCAGCCAAAAUGGCGGCAUCACAGGUGAAGGUUCGGUAAUAUAAGAUUGAAUAUUAAUCUUCGUUCAAUAAGCAUAAUCUGUAUUUCAUGAUUAUGUAAGGUAAAACCCAUAAAUAAUAAAUUAUAUAUCCUAUGGACAAAUUUCCAGAGGAUAUCUAAAAGAUGUUCAGAAAUUUUGUAUUUUAUUUUCUUUAGAAACUAAUUAACCUUAAUGAUGUUACAAGAAAAAGCUUCCCAAAUAUGUAGUAUAUGUUAUGUGUUAUGAGUGAUUUUUAAUAAAAUCUGAAAAGUA